AUGUCAAUAUCUCAAUCUUCUGCAGCUCCAAAGUACUUGCAAGAGGAUGAAAUAGUCCCAGAAUGCAAGGACCUGCUUUCAACUCUACCAAAAGAAAAGGGAUGGGCUGAACCUCAUCUCUACAAGUAUCAAGGUUUUUGGUAUCCGGCCUGGCAAUUCCAAGGAGUUCUUGAAUGUCAACAACACUUCCAAGCUCAAGACACCGAUAUUCUCCUCGUCUCAGCCCCCAAAUGUGGCACAACUUGGUUGAAAGCCUUAGCUUUCACCAUAAUCAAUCGCAAUUCACACUCCAUUGAUGAUCCUGGAAAGCACCCUUUAUUCUAUAACAAUCCUCACGACCUUGUACCUCAGUUAGAACUUGAAUCCCACAUUGAUAACCCGAUCUUCAACCCCUCUUCGCCUAGACUCUUUGCAACACAUUUGCCUUAUAUUUCGCUGCCAGAAUGCGCCAAGAAUUCAGAAUGUAAACUUGUAUAUAUAUGCCGAAACCCGAAGGACACUUUCGUGUCUCUUUGGCACUUCAUGAAUGAGUUAAGACUCAAUCAUUUGGUGUCUAUUUCUCUUGAAGUAGCCUUUGACAAGUUCUGCAGAGGAGUCAGCAUUUUUGGACCCUUUUGGGAUCAUGUGUCAGACUAUUGGGAAGAAAGCAGAAAAAGGCCUAAUGAAGUUCUCUUCUUGAAGUAUGAAGAAAUGAAAGAAGAUCCCAAUCUCCAUGUCAAACGCUUGGCUGAGUUUUUUGGGGUCCCUUUUUCUAUAGAGGAAGAGGCAUCAGGGGUGGAGGAUGGAAUCAUAAAGUUGUGUAGCUUUGAAAUUUUGAGCAAAUUGAAGGUGAACAAAGAUGGAAAAUUGCCAAGUGGUGUAGAAAACAAAACAUUCUUUCGGCAAGGUGGAGUUGGAGACUGGAAAAACUACUUGUCGCCUGUAAUGGUGGAAAGAUUGGAUUGUCUUACUGAAGAGAAGUUCCAAGGUUCUGGAUUGCUUCUUUAA